UGCAGGUGCAUAUGCUUAUGUCAGACGGAGAGAGAUAGAGAUAGAAUGAAACACGUUUCAUGUUUUUACGUUGAGAAUCUGUCUGUGCGUAUUAGUUGUAUUAUUUGUCUGCAGGCUGCACAUUUGUCCAGGUAAAUCUAUUUAGAUAGUGUGGUAUCUUCUCCUCAGCAGACGGCCAUUAGCGGUCUUAUUGGAGUCUUAUUUACAGUACAAUUACUUUAGCCAUGGAGGACCCAGAAUUGCGUCAACUAAAGCUGGACAAUCAGCGUUCCCUUUUGAUGAAGAAGCAGCAGAGAAGGAGGGCCGAUACCCAAAUGGUCACAGCCAAUAGGGAUGUUCGACCCAAGAAAAGCAAGCAGAAGACUGGAGCAGAUGACACAGACCUGUUGAUUACUCAAUCCCAGAGCAACAACUCAUUAAAUGCUGAAGAGGCCCAUGAUAACCCACUGGAGGAAAUUACUCUGGGAGAGCUCAGCCUAAAAAACACUGAUGCUACAGAUGAGAUGCCCCCCGAGAAACCCAUCAUCACCAAAACUAUGGACGUGGAAAUUGACAGCCAGCCAAAGCCUAAACUUAGUACAGAAAAUGAAGGCCCAGCAGAAGUGAAAAAGCAAGAGAAGGAGAAGAAAGAGAAAGGUGUGAAAAAGGAGAAGGCACAAGCAAAACAGUUGGAACAGAAUGAGGAUAAGGGAGAGGAGAAAGAGAAGGAGAAAGAGAAGGAGAAGCGAGAGAAAAAAACAAAGAAGGACAAAUUGAAAGGACCCACCCCAAGUAAAGAGAGAAAAAACAAGACUGAUGAACAAGAGGCAAACACUAUCACUAAGUCUCCAGCCAUUCAGAUAGAUUCAGUAGUAGAGUUUGAGACACCAGAAUGGGACAGUGAUGGCGAGAGAAAGGAUUGGUCAAAAAGCCCCAUCCCAGGAACACCCAAGAAAAAACAACACCUCAACACAUCAAGGUGCCAAAUAAGUGACAAUGAGAGGGAGGAAGAUGAAAUUCUUGAAAGAGAGAAAAAAGAGAAAACUCCAAAAAAGACAAAAAAAGCUGAGAAAGCCAAUCUCGCACUGCUUAACUCCAACUACAGGCAGCAGGACACCUCAGACAGUGAUGACAACAUUGAAAGAGUGACAACUCCUGUCUCAGUUGAAGAUCUUGAAAAAUUUGCCCUGCAUCCAGCCCCUAGAGAUACAACAAUCCAGUGCAGAAUCACUCGGGACAGGCGGGGCGUGGAGAAAGGAAUGUACCCCACUUAUUAUCUCCAUAUGGAGAAGGAGGAUGGGAAGAGGGUGUUUUUAAUGGCAGGCAGGAAGAGGAAGAAGUGCAAAACCUCCAAUUAUCUCAUUUCCAUUGAUCCAACAGAACUUUCCAGAGACACAGACAGUUAUAUAGGCAAACUAAGAUCAAAUGUGCUAGGCACCAAAUUCACAGUGUUUGACGGCGGGGAUAACCCAGAUAAGAAGCCUUUCGUCAAAGAGUGUGAGUCAGUUCGGCAAGAGCUUGCCGCAAUCUGUUAUGAGAAGAAUGUUCUAGGUUUCAAAGGCCCCAGGAAAAUGACGGUGGUUAUUCCUGGCAUGAUGGAGAAUGAUGAGAGAGUGUGCAUUCGCCCAAAAAGUGAUAUAGAGUCUCUGCUCUCCCGCUAUGAGAAUGGUAACACUGACAACCUAGUGUGCCUCAUGAACAAGUCCCCCAGCUGGAACGAACAGACACAGUCCUACGUGCUCAAUUUCCACGGCCGCGUCACACAGGCCUCCGUCAAAAACUUCCAAAUCGUUCACCCUGACAACGAGGACUACAUUGUGAUGCAGUUUGGUCGGGUGGCAGAGGACGUAUUCUCCAUGGACUAUAGCUUCCCUAUGUGUCCCCUGCAGGCCUUCGCCAUCACGCUCUCCUCCUUCGAUGGCAAACUGGCUUGUGAGUGAUACCAUGUGGACAACUCAAUCAAGCAGAAGCAGAGCCUUAACGGCUUACCAUUACAGUUCUAUCACAGUAUUAAUUGUCAAUGUGCAUUCCAGGUAGCAUUGGUUAAGUGUUUGAUAUUUUUCCAACACCUGAGAUCACAAAAAGUAUUUUUUAGAUUUUGGGAAAUAAAUGUAACAACUAAUCAACGUCAUUGAGUAUAGGUUAUGAUUCAGCCUCAGUAAGGAACACAUAUUCCUAAAUGUUAUCCGAAAAACAGCAACUAGCUCCUCUGAAUUAUAUAUUGUGCUUAGAUGUCUGGUAGAUGUAACUUCACUAGAGAAUGACAGUGUUGCACAGCAUACCUGUUUUGUGCAGGCUGUUUGAUCAUAUUUGAACUGAAACAUUUUUAUAAGAAAUAUGUAUCAGAAAUAUGUCCAAUUCAUGUAUUUAAUAUUGAUUGCAGUCUUAAGGCUCCGCUCCACAUUAUCAAAAGUGUAACGUAUUCAAUUUUAUUUCAUUUUCUUCUACAUUCCACAAAAUCUCAUAUGUGCAAUAUACACUGAGUAUACCAAACAUUAGGAACACCAACCCUUUUGCCCUCAGAACAGCCUCAAUUCGUUGGGGCAUGGACUCUACAAGGUGUAGAAAGCAUUCAACAGGGAUGCUGGCCCAUGUUGACUCCAGUGCUUCCCACAGUUGUGUCAAGUUGGCUGAAUGGCCUUUGGGUGGUGGACCAUUCUUGAUACACACAGGAAUCAUCUACACUGAUUGAAGUGGAUUUAACAAGUGACAUUAAUAAGGAAUUAUAGUUUUCACCUGGAUUCAAAUGGUUAGUCUAUGUCAUGAAAAGAGCAGGUGUCCUAAAUGUUUUGUACACUCAGUGUAUCAUGGCAGCAGUAGGGCUCUAGACUGCAACCAUUUAGUCGCAUUUUGAGAUCUUCCCAGCGAACGUUUCCAUAACGUUCCCUAAAGGUUCUCCUUUGGUUCUUAGAAUAAUAACCUUCCCAAAACGUUCCCAGAAACAACAUUUGUUAUCUGGGUUUUGACUUGGCUUUGCGAGUUACAUUUUAAUUGGUUGCAUCAGUGCGAGCUGCCAUUUCUAGCUGGUCACUUCACUUCUCUCAAAAAGUUAUAUUUGGGGCGGCAAAAACCAUGAUUUGGUCAAAUCUAAAGUGCACUAUUUUUCUGAUCCCUGAAUGAAAUUGUCUGCUCUGCCCUGUGCUUGUUUCUCCCUUGCUGCUCCCAAGUAGGUUCGUUGGAGAGCAAAAUGCAUUCUGUUUGUAACAUUUCAGAAUUCAAUUGCGGGAAAAUAAAAGUUUAGAAGCUGUUGGGACUGUUGGAGAGAGGAGGGUCUAAGCUUUCUGAAAGGUAUUACAUUUAUUUCUCAACUCUCAGUAUCGACUGUUUAAACACAUUUUUUAACCAAACUAUCUGGUAGGCUAUAUCUUUGAGAUAUACGGAGUGGAGUGCGGGAAGCACGCAUCUGCCAUUUGCGGUGAUUGAAUAGGCCUAUAUAUAAAUUAUUGGGUAUGCUGCAAAGUUUUUAGGAAAUUACAAUUACUGUUAGAUUAAUCAAUUACACAACUAACUACCAGCAUAUUAUAUUUAGCUAUCUAACUAAUGCAUUUUGAGUUUACUAAUUAAUUAGCCUAUGUGAUAUUUGUACACACAAUAGAUGUAAGCAAAUGUAUAUCUAUUUAACAAAAGAAAUCUGCAGUUCUGGAACCCUAUUUUGAGAGUAAAAUAUAGCAACAAUAGACGAAUUGUCAACCCAUUCAUGACAAUCACUGGUUUAGGGUGCACAUCAAAAUAUCUUGAUCAUGUUCCAUUUUCCGUUGACAUUUUAGUAAUUUAGCAGACGCUCUUAUCCAGAGCGACUUACAGAUAGUGUGCAUUCAUCUUAAAACAGCUAGGUGGGACAACCACAUACUGUAUCACAGUCAUAGUAAGUAAAUACAUUUUUCCUCAAUAAAGUAGCUAUCAGCAAAGUCAGAGCUAGUAUGAGGGACAAGAGUCAAGUGCGAGCGUUAGUUCACAAAAGGCUUUUUAAAUGAUUUAUGUUAGAUGGAAUAACUUAUUUUCUGAAUCAUAUCAUCUCAGUAGCACUGUGAACGUCUUUUUAAAAUGGCUGGUCAUUUUUUCCUAUUGCGUGAUGCUGCAACAAAAGUUUGGUACGACCAAAUUAUGGGCUGGUGCCAGCAACUGAAAAUGUAAGUAGCACCGGUGCCACCAGGGGGAAAUUAGUCUGGAUUCCUGAAGCUGCAAAGAGCCUAUAUUUAAGAUAAUGAUGUGAAAUUUGCCAUAAAUUGUUAUUGAUAGAAUGUUUACUGAUGUAUAAAACUGUCAUGUUGAUUAAUAAUUUUUAUACUAUGGCAUUGUUGAAUACUUGUUUCUAAUUGGCUUGAAGAACAAUUUAGAGCGUGCAUUAUUUUCCUGUAAUGCAUGGUAUAUCAGCACGGUAGAGUUCAAUGGCUAUAGUUAACCCUUACAUGUUCUAUGUUUGAGCAGCUUUUGAAAGCAAAAGUCGAAUUGAAAACAUUAUUGGCAUUGAUGAAUUCGAUUUUCACGCCACGUCUAUUUCUAUGGGCACAAGCACUGUUCAUGACACAAACUAUUCACACCCCUCUUGUUGUUGGAGAGAACAUUUUGCAAGUUUGAAGUCUAUUUCCUGAAAUUAUAAAAAUGUUCUCAUGGGAUUCAGAGAACAUUUAGCAGUUUUAAAGCUAAUUUUCAUGCAAUUCUAUACAUUUUGCCAUGUCUAAUGUGCAUUCAUGUGAUAUUUGACUGACUCAAACAUUACAACAAAAUGUAUGGUCUAAAAAAACCUAGCUAAAAAACGUUAGCUGACAUGGGCUAGUUGAUCUGGACAUUUCUGACACAUUAUAGCUCUCUAAGGUAUGCAAUGACUGGUUUGACAAGAGGAAAACUUCUGGAAAACACCUUCUGCAUUCUACUAUUACAACUUUCAAGAGUAAAUUUAAAGCCAGACUGAGUUCCGUUAAAAAAAGGUAGGGCGCGCCCCACAGUUUGGGAACCAAUGAGCUAAACAAGCAGGUCUGUUUGUUUGGUUACC